GCUAUGUAAAGCCACCAUUGAAUGAGUGUCUAUCAGACCUGCUAGCUGACAGUUGAACUGACAUUUUUGUGUAUAGGAGAAGUUGACAUAAUAAGACUAAUACUAAUACUAAUUACUAAUAGUAUUACUUAUACUUCUAUAUUACUUUCUGGUUACCGAACCGAUCUGUUACGGAGUAAUAUGUAUAUAUUCGAUCGCUGUAUUUGGGUGAAGCAAAGGCGACGUUGUAAAGAAUAACGCUUGAUGAAUUUGACAAGGGUGUGUUUUAACUGUACAUUUACUACGAGGUCAUCACUAAGUGGCUGUCACGUCGUGUAGCUAUCCACAGGACAACAACAUGGACACUUCCAGACAGCGGGUUGAAGCCACCUCGGGACGAGACGGCAAAUCUCAUAAGAAGAAGGCAUCCUCCUCCCAUCUUGGGACGCAUUGCCCCGAAGAAGGAGAACGAAAGGCCAAAUUUCACCUACCAUUUAGAAAUCUCACUGAUGAUGUGCUGGACAGAUUUGCAAGUAUCCGGAUCCCGGGUAGUAAGAAGGAGCGGCCACCCAUAACACAUUCUAAACACAGUAACAGUGAUUGGUCUGUGUUUUCAUCAUCCAACUCCCAUGAGUAUGUGGAACUUUCAUCAAAGAUCACUUCAGAAAAGGAAAUCUUGGCACUGUUUGAGAAGAUGAUGGAGGACAUGAACUUGAAUGAAGAAAAAAAGACACCCUUGAGAGACAAGGACUUGAAUACAAAGAGAGAAAUGGUCAUGCAGUAUGUUUGUACUGCUUCAAAAACGGGUAGCUUGAAAAGCAGCUACCAGAUAUCUCCCCAGGAAUUCCUGGGAGAACUGAAGUCAGGGGUGAUGGAAGAACGCCUAUUUGCCUGUCUAGAUUCAUUGCGGGUUUCACUAACCAGCAAUCCUGUCAGUUGGGUGCAGAGCUUUGGUCAUGAGGGCCUUGGACUGCUACUUGACAUUUUGGAGAAGUUGCUGGCCAAGAAACAGCAGGAGCGGAUCGACAAAAAGAACCAACAUAAAGUUAUCCAAUGUCUAAAAGCCUUCAUGAACAAUAAGUAUGGCUUGGAUAGAAUACUUGGGGAGGAGAGAAGUCUUAAAUUACUUGCAAGAGCAAUCGAUCCCACUCAAUCUGCCAUGAUGACCGAUGUGGUGAAGCUGCUGUCGGCCAUUUGCAUUGUGGGCGAAGAGAACAUUUUGGAGAAGGUCUUUGAAGCCAUCACCACAGCUGGAGAAUGGAGAGCCAUUGACAGGUUCAGCCCCAUUGUGCAAGGACUACAAGAUCGUUCAGUUCAGUUACAAGUGGCAUGCAUGCAGCUCAUUAAUGCGCUUGUGACGUCUCCUGAUGAGUUGGACUUGAGACUGCACAUCAGAAAUGAAUUCAUACGUUGUGGUCUAAAAGACAUUUUACCACAACUAUCAUCUGUGAGGAAUGAGGCCCUUGAUAUUCAGCUGAAGGUAUUUGAAGAGCACAAGGAAGAAGACAUGAUUGAGUUCUCUCAUAGACUGGAGGACAUCAGAAGCGAGCUGGAUGAUGCAGAGGACGUGUUCAGUAUUUUACAGAAUAUGGUGAAGGACAGCACUGCUGAAAAUUAUUUCCUCUCUAUUCUGCAGCACUUGGUACUCAUACGCAACGACUACUUUGUCAGGCCUCAGUACUUUAAAAUCAUUGACGAGUGCGUGUCUCAAAUUGUUCUGCAUCGUAGUGGAACAGAUCCGGACUUCAGUUACCGCAAACGACUUGAUGUGGAUUUUAACCACCUUCUAGAGGUUUGUGUAGAUAAAGUGCGAUCUGAGGAGUAUGAACAAAGAGCUUCAGAGUUGGUGGAGAAGUUUGAUGAAGAAUUUGUUAAGCGGCAAGAGGCCCAGGCUCAGCUGGUUAAGUCUGAAGAAAAGAUAGCUGAGCUUCAAGCAGAGCUGCAGGCCUUCAAAUCCCAGAUUAGAGCUGUACCAGUGGUUGGAUCUUCUGCCCACAUUGCACAGGACUUGUCUUCAUUACCUGCUGGAUCUUCACCGUCUAACCCAGCAUCUGGGUUGCCAGUUCCUCCUCCUCCUCCACCCCCUCCUCCUCCAUUACCUGGUUGUCCAGCACCCCCUCCUCCGCCUGGAGUGCCUCCUCCAUUCGGUGCCCCUCCUCCACUGCCAUUAGGAUUUGGAGGUGGUCCAGGCUUGGCUGCUUGCCUUGCCCUGCCUUAUGGCCUCAGGCCUAAAAAGGAAUUCAAGCCUGAAAACUGCAUGAAGCGCCUCAAUUGGUCCAAGAUACAUCCCCAGGAAAUGUCAGAGGGCUGUUUCUGGGUGCUGGCUGAUGAGGACCAAUAUGCAAAGCCUGAUUUGCUCAGUAGAGUUGCCUUCACCUUUGGUUCACAAAGAGCAGAGUGUGAAGAGAAUACAUCAACUGAGGAGCCACCCAAAAGAGAAGAGGAAGAUCAAGAUGACAAGAAAUCAAUAAAGAAGAGGAUUAAAGAGCUGAAGGUGCUUGAUCCGAAGAUAGCGCAGAAUCUAUCCAUUUUCCUAGGUUCUUUCCGCAUGCCUUACAAAGAAAUCCGCCAGAUGAUAUUGGAGGUUGAUGACGAGCAUCUCACUGAACCAAUGAUUCAGAACCUCGUGAAGCACUUACCUGAGCAGGAGCAACUGAAUGCUUUGGCUAAGUACAACAGUGAUUAUGCAAAUUUGUCAGAACCUGAGCAGUUUGGUGUUGUGAUGAGUAGUGUAAGGCGACUUCGUCCACGUCUCAGCCAUAUCCUCUUCCGGCUGCAGUUUGAUGAGCAAGUAAACAACCUGCGUCCAGAUAUCUUGGCUGUAAAUGCUGCUUGUGAUGAAGUAAGAACAAGCCACUCCUUUGGCCACUUGCUGGAACUUGUGUUGCUGCUGGGAAAUUACCUGAACGCGGGUUCCCGAAAUGCCCAGUCUUUCGGCUUUGACCUCAGCUCCCUCUGCAAGCUGAAGGAUACCAAGUCUGGUGACCAGAAGACCACAUUACUCCAUUUCCUGGCACAAAUAUGUGAGGAGGAAUUUCCACACGUCAUCAAAUUUAUUGACGAUCUCAAACACGUGGACCGAGCAAGCAAAGUGUCUGCAGAGAAUCUGGAAAAGAGCCUCAGGCAGAUGGAGAAGCAGCUGCUGCAACUGGAGAGAGACCUCGAGACUUUUUCGUCCCCUGAUGACCCCAGUGACAUGUUCUUCACUAAAAUGGCUAGCUUCAGCAAGGUUGCACGAGAGCAGUAUGGCAAGCUGGUAACCAUACAUAGCAACAUGGAAACCCUUUACCUGAGUCUGUUGGAGUAUUUUGCUGUUGAUCCAAAGAAAACAUCUGUGGAGGAGCUCUUCACUGAUCUCUGCAACUUCCGUACCAUGUUCACACAAGCACUCAAAGACAACAUGAGGCAAAGGGAGUCCGAGGAGAAACAGAGAAGAGCACAGGCAGCCAAAGAAAAGGCUGAGCGUGAAAGGCAAGAAAGACAGCAGAAGAAGAGGGGGCUGCUGGAACUUAAUGCAGAGAAUGAUGAGACAGGUGUGAUGGAUAGUUUGCUGGAAGCCCUACAAUCAGGAGCUGCAUUCAGAGAUCGCAGGAAGAGAGCACCAAGAACCAGAGAUAACCAGCCACAGACCAUCAGCCCCAGCUCCUUCCGCCAGGUCCUCAGGCCUGUUAAUCAUGACAACAAGAAGGCACCUAUACAAAGGUCUCGCUCUCGGCAGAAUGUAAAUGCAUGUUCAACGGGGGUGAAGGCACCGCCCACCAAGGAGUCUGACGGCCAUGCGGCUUCACCAGUUGGAGGCAAAGCUGCAGUGUGUUCAGAGUCAGCACACAGGUACAGGAAUACUCCAGGCCGUAGUAACAGGCCAGAAACAGAGAGGAUACUGGAGAAAGACGUCCCUAAACCAACAGAGAUUGACAAAAGGGUUGAAGGGGAGCCUCCGGCCUCUCAGCCAUGCUCCACUGAUGCUGUGGUCAGUGGCACCACUGGGGAGUCUGAUGUAGAGGCUCUGUUGGCAAAACUCAGGGCUUUGUAAAUAAUGAUAUCAAGUAUAUGGCGAUUGACAGAUUUGUUUAAUCAUUUGGAGGUAAGCAUAAAAUAUGGGUUACAAUCAUCUAAGGAAGCAAACGUUGAUAAAUACAUAGAAUUAGACUUGUAUUAAAGCUGUACCACAUUUGCAUAUUGUGUUUGAAAGUGUACCAGUUUAAGAAAAAUGGGGCAAGUCGGGCACAAUUAACUAAUAACGCUUCACCUCAAAGAAUUGGUGUCAUUAAACGGAUUAAAUAAAAAAAUGUAGCUGUCGUAUUAAUCAAUGGAAUCUUGUAUAAUACCGCUCUAAAAUUACUAAGCACUUUCUAAAACAAAUGUCUGAGUCCCGCUUUUAUUGUAUUGUAAGGUAUUUAUCAUAUACUUUUUGACAUCAUGUAUUUGUCAGCAUGCUUUCACAAGGAUUUAGUAGGAAAUCAGACAAAAUAUGAAGCACUCCACUGCUUUUCACUUGUAUCGAUCGACAGCCACCCACACGUCACUACACUUCCUCCGUUCAUAUGGGGGGGGGGGAAGGCCCCAGCACAGUGUUAAUUAGUAUAGUCAUAAUAUAUUCUUAAAAUGUGUUGUUUGUGUCUUCUUCUAAUGACAGCAUCUGCUUCGCUAUAAAGUCCUACUAAAUUCUCAGGAGAAAAGGCUGUAUUUAGUAGUGUUAAUUAGAUCAAACACCAUUUGUUUACUUUUAACAUUGCUAAAGAAUUCAUUUUGGAGGUUUUGUCUCUUUUUUGUUUUCCAAGCUUUGCAUCAUAUUUUCCUUAUAUUAUAUUGCAUAUUGUAUUUUCUAUCAAAAUAAGGUAUUUUGUACUUUACUGGUUAUUGUUAAAUGAUAGUACUUUAAAGGGACGUUAUUAAAUGUUCAUUUGACGUCUACAUGUUGGUGGAACUAAACUGUAGUAUUUAUACAAAAACAGUACAGUUUGUGUGAAAAUAUCAUCAAGAAUCCAAACAAAAGACAGUUGAGUUAUUAAGUCUUAUUUUGGGGUGCAAUAUUCCUACUGACGCUUUGCAUCGUCACAUCUGAUCUUGUAUUGCUGCUUUUAUUUUAUAUAUGCAAUAAAAUAGUUGGCUGUAU